AUGGAACUAUUGAAGUUUCUAUCCAAUCAUAAUGAUGACAUAAAAAAAGUUGUGCUGGAAAAUGCUCUGAAAAACCAUCAAAUGACAGCCCCCAACAUCCAAAGGGAAUUAACUAGUGUUUGUGCUCAUUUGAUGACCAAGAAAAUUAUUGCAGAAAUUGUGAGAGAUAAACAACCAUUCUCUUUACUAGUUGAUGAAUCUCGUGAUGUGGCAGUGAAAGAACAAAUGGCUAUUGUUUUUUGCUAUGUGGACAAAAUAGGUUGUGUUAUUGAACAUUUUAUCGGGGUUGUGCAUGUUAAGAAUACUUCUGCAAAGUCUUUGAAAAUUGCAAUAGAUGCUUUUUUUGUAAAGCAUGGAUUGAGUUUGACAAGUUUACGGGGGCAAGGUUACGAUGGAGCAAGCAAUAUGAGAGGUGAGUUCAAUGGUUUGAAGACUUUGAUAUUGAGAGAAAAUAAAUUAGCUUUCUACAUUCAUUGUUUCUCUCAUCAACUCCAACUAGCGCUAGUCAAAGUUGUAAGUAACCAUUCGGCAUUGGGUGAAUUUUUUCAAUCUCUUUCUAUGUUAUCAAACACUAUAGCGGCAUCUUGUAAGCGCAUAGAUCUUCUACGUGAUAAACAAUAUGAAAAUGUGAUAUCUUUGAUUUCUAAUGGUGAUCUUCAUAUAAGACGAGGUUUGAAUCAAGAAUGCAUUAUUAAACGACCAGGAGAUACACGUUGGGGUUCACACAUAGGGACAAUUCAUAGUGUCAUAAAUUUAUUUUCUUCUGUUGUUGAUGUGCUUAGGGUGAUUGAGAUUGAAGGAGACGAUUGGCAAAACAAAAGUCAAGCAAGGAGUUUAUUACGAAUCAUGGAGAAUUUUGAAUUCGUCUUUUUGUUAUUCUUAAUGAAAAGAGUAUUGGGAAUCACAAAUGAACUGUCGCAAGCAUUACAAAGAAAAGAUCAGGAUCUUCUUAAUGCCAUACAAGUUGUACAAAUUUCGAAGCGUCGAUUGCAUAAAAUGAGAAAUGAAGACACUUGCUUCGACAUAUUGUUAAAAGAAGCUUUUGAUAUGUGCAAAGAUAAUGACAUACCAAUCUUGGAGAAUAUGGAAGAUAACUGUGGGAGGACAAAACUGGGGAUUGCGCUAAUUACGAAUAAACAUCAUUUUAAGGUGGAAUUGAUAUAUACAGUUUUGGAUAACAUUCAAGAAGAACUCAAUAAUCGUUUUGAUGAAGUAAAUAUGAGGUUGCUUUAA